AUGGAUUCUCAGACGAGAGAGCUGCAGCAACUCGUCGCCUUGUGGAAACAUAUGAAGCAGAUCCCGCGGCGACAGUCCGAGCGGAGGCUCAAUGCAGCGAAGCACAUGUACAUGAAGACUUUGGACUCGCAAGCGCUAUGCCCCCAGAUGAGAAAAGCAGUACUGGACAGCCUGAAGAAAGACACCUAUAGACGACGCACUUGGCAUCAGUUCGACAUGGAAGGCUGCGAACUUCUUCAGUCUAUGGGACCCCGUCACAUCUGCGCGAAGGGAUGUUACUUCCUGCAUUAUGCUCCUGCUAGGGAGGCUGCGAGGCUGAGACGAUGGGUUGAAGCCCAAGGGGGCAGCCAGUCACUUCUCAACGGGUGGUACGCCAAGAUGGAGAGAGCCGGGUGUGUGAUGCCGUCAUGA